AUGAAAGAAGAGAUUUCAAGUAUAAGUAACCUCCCCAUACCAGAAGUUGGCACAAAGAGAUUGAAGAACCCAUCUAGUUCAAUGAAAAAAUUAUACGUAUCUAAUAUAGAACCAUAUACCCCCUUUGUUCUGCAUGAAAUUUUUGAAAUGGACAAGAUAGAUAAACUAUCUAAAUGUUGUAUCAAUAUAGCGAAUAUCUCGUCUCCACGUACCCAAAUUCCUGAAUCAACCAUUGAAUUUUUAUUGGAAAUUUUUCAUAAUUCUUUAAGUGAAAUUGAUUGGAAGCCUUGCACGCUUUCUUGUUUCUUUCUUUUGCCCUUACGUAUCGUUGUUCCUCAAAAAAUAGUGUUGGAUUCACUCAAGGCAUUUACACAGUACCUUGAAAGUGAAGAGGAGCUCUCACCCAACUUAUUAAUAGCAGCUUUGACCAUUGAUGCUUGGAAUAGCUUGAUUCGUGACGUUCCCUUAGUCACGUCUAAUCACUAUUCAAAGCUUAUCGAAUCAGGUGAAGUAUUCCUAGGUUCUCUCGAUUUGAAUUCUUUCAAUUAUCAUUUUUUAUGUGUGGGGGUAUACUUGUAUAAAUUUCAGUGGAUGAAUCAAACUAAUUUGCAGCUGCGAUCUUCAAUACUUCAAUUGGAAUAUGACCUUUUGCUUUGGCCCGCUAAGUUAACUCGAGACUUCUCUGUCAUUACUGAUGAUUUACUUGCCUCUCCUGAAGCUUUUAUACUUCAUGUUGUACAUAAUUGUUUGCUUAUCUAUUUCUAUUCAACUCUAGUCAAGGGGAAACAAAAUUUGGGUACAGAAACUGCGAUUCUGGCGGUUCCUGGACUUUAUAAUUUUAUAGCGGGUAUGGCCAGAAGUAACUUCCGAAUAAAAGAAUCCAUAAUUGGAAGAUGGACAAUAAUUGGAGAUAGUCAAGUUAUUAAUGCGAGAAAUUUAUUGGAACUAAAUGAAAUUAUGGAAUUUUACGAAUUUAAAUUGGUUUUGGUUCACUUUAAUAAAAAGGAAAAAACUAAUAUUAUUGAAUUACAAAAUAGUAUUUAUAAUCAAGUAAGGGACAUGCUUGAAAAUGAAAAAAUUCAUGACGACCCUGAGGCAGAUUUGGAUGGAUCUAAAGUAUACUGGGUAUUUCGAGACGUGAGAUCGCUUUGUCUAAGUAGUUUACUUUUCCACGAUCAUUCAACAAGAUCACAGUCUUAA